AUGACGUUAAUAGCUCACAAACCUUUGCAUACAGAGAAGAAGCAGCCCUCCUCCCUCUACGCCGUGAACCGCGCCAAGGAGAAAUACGCCCCCGUCCACACCAACAGCAAGGGAGCCAGCGCGGGCGUGGAGGAGAGCGUGGAAGUGAUCGAAAUGGGCGCCGGUUUGGAUGGCACUCGCCUGCAGGUCAGGAAAGUGGGCAGCACCCCUCAGAGCGACCACACGGUGCCACACCCGGCCCUCGGAGCUCCGUCGAUCCUGCACCCCACCACCAGCUCGACCACCCCCUCCCCGCCCGUGACCACGACCACGCCCACGACCACGCCCACGACUACGACUACGACGACCACCACGACCACUUCUACGACUACCACUUCGCCGACGACCACUUUGCCUGAAAGAUACUGCAAGAUCAAGAGGCCAUGGGACGCUAAAUCUCGUAUUAUCGAGGAACACACGAGUAUCCGGCUGUACAAAGACGGAGAUAAGGACUGCUCCGAACUGUGUUUCUGCGAAGUCCACGAGCGAACGAAAUGUCCUGGACUGCAUCGAGAACCUCCCUGUGAAACCGACUUCGCCGUCUACACCACAACGCCCCCGCCUACCAAGCCUUCAGAGGGGAGUGCAUCUGCUACUCCGGGGACUUCAUCUGCAUGA